AUGAGAGAAGUCAUUAGUGUCAAUGUUGGGCAAGCUGGUUGUCAAAUCGGUAACGCGUGCUGGGAGUUGUACUCUUUAGAACACGGUAUUAGACCAGAUGGGUAUUUACAGGAUGGUUUGACCAAGCCCAAAGGAGGUGAAGAAGGGUUUUCUACCUUUUUCAAUGAGACGGGAUCUGGUAAGUUUGUUCCUCGUGCAGUUUACGUUGAUUUAGAACCCAACGUAAUUGAUGAGGUGAGGACUGGUGCUUAUAGAGAGUUGUUUCAUCCGGAACAGUUGAUAAGUGGUAAGGAGGAUGCAGCUAACAAUUACGCGCGUGGUCAUUAUACUGUUGGUAGGGAGCUAUUGGACGAGAUCUUGGACAGGAUCAGAAAGAUUUCAGAUCAAUGUGAUGGUUUACAAGGUUUUCUAUUUACUCACUCUUUGGGAGGUGGUACUGGUUCUGGGUUGGGGUCUUUAUUGUUGGAGCAAUUGUCAAUUGACUAUGGUAAGAAGUCGAAGUUGGAGUUCGCUGUUUACCCCGCUCCACAAGUUUCCACUUCCGUUGUUGAGCCAUAUAACACUGUCUUGACCACACACACCACAUUAGAGCAUGCCGACUGUACUUUUAUGGUGGACAAUGAAGCUAUCUAUGAGAUGUGUAAGAAGAACUUGGCUAUUUCAAGGCCAAGUCUCCCCAAUUUGAACAAUUUGAUUGCUCAGGUUGUUUCUUCCGUAACUGCUUCUUUGAGAUUCGACGGAUCUUUGAAUGUUGAUUUGAAUGAAUUCCAAACGAACUUGGUUCCUUAUCCAAGAAUCCACUUCCCUCUAGUUUCCUACGCACCAAUUCUUUCUAAGGACAAAGCCCACCACGAGUCGAACUCUGUUAGCGAGAUCACCAACUCCUGCUUUGAGCCAGGAAACCAAAUGGUUAAGUGUGAUCCAAGAGUCGGUAAGUACAUGGCUACUUGUUUGUUGUAUAGGGGUAAUGUUGUAAACAAAGAGGUACAAACCGCUGUUGGUCAAAUUAAGAACAAGAAGACUGUUCAAUUGGUUGAUUGGUGUCCAACCGGGUUCAAAAUCGGUAUCUGUUAUGAGCCACCUACUGCAACUCCAGCCUCUCAAUUAUCGUCCGUUUCUAGAGCUGUCUGUAUGUUGUCUAACACCACUGCUAUUGCUGAUGCCUGGAAGAGAAUUGACAGAAAGUUCGAUCUAAUGUACGCCAAGCGUGCUUUUGUUCACUGGUACGUUGGUGAAGGUAUGGAGGAAGGUGAAUUUACCGAAGCUAGAGAAGAUUUGGCUGCCUUGGAGAGAGAUUACAUUGAGGUGGGUGCUGAUUCAUAUGCUGAUGAGGAAGAAUUCUAA